CAAUGAUGGAGUGAGAGUAGCAAGGACACACAUCAAGAUGCAUUGUUCAAAGUGUAGAAAAGAAGGCCAUAAUGCAAGGAGGUGUCCUGAAGAUCCAAAUAACAAAGAGAAACUGCUUCAACCUAGAAAAAGAAAACCAAAAUCUGCACCAAGGCAUAGUGGAGGAAGUGUUGGUGAAAGUGCUGGUAAUGAGGAUGUGGGAGCACCCAAGGUUUCUGCUUUAGAUGAGGACAACCUUAUGGAUAUCAAUAUGCAAUAUGAAGACUUCCCAUCUUUAGGACUUGAGUUUCCUAUUGUUGUUUCAGUGGAAGAUACUUCAAUGUUCACUCAAGUGAGUGACCAAGAAGCUGAAAAACUAAGUGGCCA